AUGGAAGAAAACAGAAGGAUUUUUAGCAGCGUGUCAGUUACCCGAAGAGGGGUCCCGCAGCCCCAGGAGCCGAUUUGGGGAAGCCGGGAGAGGGAAGGUGGGAUUGGUGGCAUCCGAGAGGGAUUUCGAGAGCACGAGGGUGCCUCGCCUGCCGAAGCCCCUUCGCACUUUGCCCGGGCAGCCGGGCUCUCUUUCAGCCGUCCCGGCGCGCAGGGGCGGGCGGAGGGCUCCGGGGCUGGAGUUUUGCAGCCCGGGGGGGCCACGCCAGCCGGCGGCAGCGCUUCGGAUGCUGAGCAGGACGGUGUGGGAAGUUUGCGAAACCUUAAGGGACCAGGGACGGACCUUGUUCUCCUCGGGGCUGCCAAGUAUCCGGGAGAAGAGAGCCUCCUCCUCCUCUUUCCCAGCCCGCGGGGAUCGGAGCGAAGACUAGGUGGGUGGGUGUUCCAGGGCGGGGAUGGGAGGGCUGCUGACAGCUUGGAAGUCUUCCCUCCGGGUCCGCCUGCCUGCCCACUCCCGGCUUCUCCCACCGGCCUCCAUCCUUUACAAACGGACGGAGCCGGGGGCGAGAACGGAGAGCGCCCACUGCGCACACGCGGGCGGGGGUCCCAGCCCUCUUCAGGAGCGGUUGCGUCAGGGAGGAAGCGACGGACCCCUCGGAGGUGGGGAAGGACGCGCGUGGGGGGGAGCGGGCCAGAGGAACGGAGCCCGCUGGCCGGGGCCGCAUCCGGGGCCGGGCCGCUCCCACGCAGGACGGGGGUGCGCCGUGGGGGCGGAGGCGCGUCCCGGAGCCCCGGCCCCCGGCGGCGGUUUCCGGGCGCGGUCCCCGGGGGCAGACUCUGCCGCUUCCAUUCCCGGCAGGGAGAAAAGGACACGGGCGGAGCUUGA